AUGGAAGACAAGUUAACACCAACUGAAAUUGAUGCCAUUGUCACAACACUUGAAACCAAGCUCAGCGCAACACUUGAAACCAAGCUCGGCAACAAAAUUGAAACGUCUUUUAGUUCCUUAGAAACCAAGUUUGCUACCAAGCUUGAUUCAGCUACAAAUUCUCUAAAAUAUGUACUUGCUAUGCAUGGAGAUUGUUUAGACAAAUUAUGGAAACAUGCUGGUUUUGGUGACUUGGAACCCUUGGAAGGUUAUGUUAACAAAAAUAAGAUUACCAUACCCCUCAACUAUGAUGAAGAUGACAAAGCUGAAGAACUCAAAGAGCAACAAUGGGUUGAUGAAAAACGAUUAAAAUUUGGUAUGAAUCCUUAUGGAACUUUACCAGAAUAUAAGUUGAAGGAUGAUAUACCUAGUUUUCAUGGUGGUUUACAUAUUGAAGACUUGCUGGAUUGGUUUUAUGAAGUCGAUUCCUUUUUCACUUUCAUGGAAGUUCCUGAAUCUUCUCAAGUUAAACUGGUAGCUUAUAAAUUAAAAGGUGGAGCUGCAGCUUGGUGGGAAAAACUCGGUGAAGAUCGACGCAAUGCUCAUAAACCUCCUACACGUACAUGGCAAAGAAUGAGACAAUUAUUAAGAGAUCAAUUCUUACCUAGAGAUUAUAUGCAACAACUUUUUAUUAAGCUUCAAAACUGUCGACAAGGGGCCAGAUUAGUUGAAGAAUACGUUGCUGAGUUCUAUGCUUUAGUUGCUCGUAACCAAUUGAAUGAAACUGAAAAGAAAUUAGUUGCACGUUUUAUAGCUGGUUUGAAUAAUUUAAUUCAACAGGGACUCACGGAGUCCGUGUUUUCAAUGGUUGAAGCCAUCCAACAAGCUAUUAGAGUUGAAAGGCGUGGAUCAACUGUCUUUGUUGAUCCACAUGACAGAAGUGCAAACCAACCAUAUCAGCAACAACAACCUACUUCUGUUCCUUCAGAACCUGCUCCUACAAUGCAUAUCUCAUCUGCUAAGCCACGCCAGCCUCCUCCACAACGAAAUUUUGUUCGUAAUACUAAAGGUAAUAAGUUUCAACAAGAUUUUCCACCAUUAUCUAAACCCUCUAACCCUUACUCAAAAUUUCGAGGAGAUAAAUGUAACAAGUGCAACCAAACUGGCCAUACUUCUAUUGAUUAUCGCAAAUUCCAUGCUUACAUUAAUGAAACUUCAGACGAAACACAAGAAAAAGAAGCAUUAAGAGAUGAUGAAUUAUUUUAUCUUCAAGAACAUGAGACUUAUGAUGCAGAUUUCCUUGGGAUGAUUCGACCAGUUUUAAUCACUAAACCAUGUCCUACUCAGAGACAUAAUAUUUUCAUAUCUCAUUGUUUCAUUGAAGAUAAGAUUUGCACUAUGAUCAUUGACAGUGGAAGUACAGAAAACUAUGUUUCUGCAAAGUUAGUUGAGAAACUUGGUUUACCUGUUACUCUUCAUCCAAAACCGUAUUCAGUUGGAUGGAUAAACAACUCUUCCACUCAGAAAAUUAAUCAUCAAUGUUUGGUGAAGUUUUCUUUCCCUGGGUAUUCAGAUUAUGUUUUGUAUGAUGUUAUUAACAUGAUUGCAGCAAGGUUUACUAAAAUUCUAUGGCCUUUACAAUCUUCUAAUUCAGUCAAGGAACCAUCAGAUAAGAAGACAAAUGCACUAGUUGCUACCAUUGUUCAUUCUUUGCAACCAAAUCAUUAUUUGAGUUCUCGUGAAGCUGAUAAACCAAUGGUGGAAAUUCCAGACAAGGUACAACCUUUAUUAUCUUAUUUCAGUGACUUAUUUCCUACUGAAUUACCCAAUGUUUUGCCUCCAUUAAGAAAUCUACAACAUCACAUAGACUUUAUACCUGGAACUUCUAUUCCUAAUCAACCUCAUUAUAGCAACAAUGAAGAAGAGCAUAUUUCACAUUUAUCUCAAGUCUUUCAGGCAGUGCAAGACAAUUUUUUGUGUGUGAAUCUAAAGAAGUGCACUUUCUUUACAAACAAGGUCACUUUCUUGGGAUAUAUUGUGUCGGAUACUGGUAUUUCUGUGGAUGAUUCUAAAGUUAAGGCAAUUGUGGAUUGGCCUACUCCAACAUCUAUUCGUGAAGUAAGAAGUUUUCAUGGGUUAGCUUCUUUCUAUAGAAUAUUUGUGAGAAACUUUAGUACCAUUGCAGCUGGUUUGACAGAUUGUUUGAAGUGUGAUACUUUUGAGUGGACUGAAGAAGCAGAUAAGAGCUUUAAUCUUCUUAAGGAAAAAUUGUGCAGUGCACCUGUUCUUUACAUGCCAAAUUUUGAUAAACCUUUUGAGAUUCAUUGUGAUAUUUCUGUUGUUGGCAUUGGUGUUGUGUUAUCUCAGGAAGGACAUCCAGUUGCAUACUAUAGUGAAAAGAAUUCAGAUACAAGGAAGAAGUGGUCUACUUAUGAGUUGGAAUUAAUUGCUCUUGUUCAAGCUCUUAAGAAUUGGCAUCCUUAUCUUAUUCAAAGUGAAUUUGUUUUCAAUACUGAUAAUCAAGCUCUCAAGUUUUUGAAAACUUCAGCAAAGGUUAAUAGGAUGCAUGAUAGAUGGUUAUCUACUAUUAACCAAUAUACUUUUUCCAUUAAACAUAAAAGUGAGAAACUUAAUCAAGUUGUUGAUGCUUUGAGUAGGAGAGCUCAUGUUUUGGUUACUCUUAAACAUGAGAGAAGUGUUGAUGAUUUUCUCAUUCAAGAAGGGUUUCUCUUUAAAGGAAAACGUUUAUGUAUUCCACAAUAUUCCCAACGUCUUCAUCUCAUCCAAGAAUUACAUGGAAAUGGCCUUGGUGGACAUUUUGGACGUGAUAAAACAAUAGCUUUGGUUGAAGAACAUUAUUUUUGUCCUUCUAUUAAAAGAGAUGUUCAAAAGUACGUACAAAAAUGCAUGGUUUGUCAACAGUCUAAAGGUAAUAUUCAAAACACUGGCUUGUAUACUCCUCUAUCAAUUCCUGAAGCUCCUUGGGUGGAUAUUAGCAUGGAUUUCGUGCUUGGUUUACCCCGUACUGUGAGGGGGAAUUAUUCUAUUAUGGUAGUUGUUGAUCGUUACUCAAAGAUGGCUCACUUCAUAGCAUGA